CGCUUUUCCUUCCUUUGUCAGCACGCCAACGUGUUCGUGUGUUCCCGGAGUGAACUAGAGCCUGUAUGUUUGGAUAAACCUUCUUUUAUACAGUCAGUGGGAUAAACGUGUUAAAGUGGAAACUUUGGUUUCGCCUCAGACUCAUCUCCUGUUAGCCACGAAUGCUAACUGAAGUUAGCUUAGCUUGCUAGCUGGAAAUAGACGGAACUCGGCCACACAGCGCUGGUUGGAGGAACUCUGAGUCCAAACUGUGUUUUUCAUUUGUUUAAAAUGUCUAAAGUCCAGAUGCUGAGAGGUUUUAUCAACCAGCGACUAACUGCGGCUGCUGAAGAGAUAUUUGGGCUGUUUGAAAGAACGAUAUCAGAGUACGAGGAGGAACUCUGUCGUUCCAAAGAGGAGAACCAGAGACACAGGAAACUACUGGACGCUGUUUUCCAGCCUGAAGUCCGGUUACACAGAGCAGACGUCCAGCAGCUGCUGGUGAGUAAAGAAGAGGUUCUCCCUGAGCAGCAGCAGUGGAGCCCCAGGCUGGACCAGGAGGACCCACCAGAGCUGCCACACAUUAAAGAAGAACAGGAGGAGCGCUGGACCAGUCAGGAGGGAGAGCAGCUUCCAGAGGUGGAGGAGGCUGAUAUCACCAAGUUCCCAUUCACUCCUUUCCCUGUGAAGACUGAAGAAGAUGAUGAAGAGAAUCCUCAGUCCUCACAGCUUCAUCAAAGCCAAACUGAAGAGAACAGUGAUGCAGAUCAUUUGAAAACAGAAACUGAUGGAAAGGACUAUAGAGCACCAGAACCAUCCAGGAACGUUAACCCAGAUAGUCCUUUACAACUAGAUACUCAUGACCAUACUUCACUCUGCUCUGAACCUGAGACUGAUUACAGUUGGGAUUGGGAGGAUACCAGGAAACCUCAGCCAGGUUUAAACCCUCUGCAAAACAAUGAAGUACCUGUAAGUGAUCAGGAAUGUAACACUGGAGAAAUAUCAGUUAGCUCCUCUGAAUAUGCUGCAAGAUUUGGCCACAAGGGACAUCUGCAGAACCACAAUGGAACCAAAACAGGUGUGAAACCAUUUAGUUGCCCAGUUUGUGGUAAAAGAUUUGCACAACAGGGAACUCUGAGACAACACUCUAUAGUCCACACAGGGGAGAAACCAUUUAGCUGCUCAGUUUGUGGUAAAAGAUUCACACAACAGGGAACUCUGACACGACACUCUGUAGUCCACACAGGGGAGAAACCAUUUAGCUGCUCAAUUUGUGGUAAAAGAUUCAAAGACAAGGGAACUCUGAUACGACACUCUACAGUCCACACAGGGGAGAAACCAUUUAGCUGCUCAGUUUGUGGCAAAAGAUUAACACAAAAGGGACAUUUGAGACGACACUCUAUAGUCCACACAGGAGAGAAACCAUUUAGCUGCUCAGUUUGUGGUAAAAGAUUCAAAGACAAGGGAACUCUGAUACGACACUCUGUAGUCCACACAGGGGAGAAACCAUUUAGCUGCUCAGUUUGUGGUAAAAGAUUCACUCAAAAGGGAACUCUGAGACUACACUCCAAAGUCCACACAGGGGAGAAACCAUUUAGCUGCCCAGUUUGCGGUAAAAGAUUUGCACAAAAUGGAAAUCUGAGACUACACUCUAAAGUCCACACAGGGGAGAAACCAUUUAGCUGCUCAGUUUGUGGUAAAAGAUUCGCACUAAAGGGAAAUCUGAGACUACACUCUAUAGUCCACACAGGGGAGAAACCAUUUAGCUGCUCAGUUUGUGGUAAAAGAUUCACACAAAAGGGAACUCUAAGACUACACUCUGUAGUCCACACAGGGGAGAAACCAUUUAGCUGCUCAGUUUGUGGUAAAAGAUUCGCACUAAAGGGAAAUCUGAGACUACACGCCAUACUUCACACGGGAGAAACCAUUUAGUUCCAGUAUUUGUAAAAUAUUCACUCAGCUCCACAGUGUCAAAAGAUACGCAAACGGCAAAAAAUGAAGCUGCUUCUUGAACGUUGAUCAGCUAAAAGCUGUGUUCAGCCACAUGUUUUCUUUAAAAAGUCUAAAAUUUCAAUGUCAAAAUUUAGGGCUGCACGAUUAAUCUAAUUGCAAUCGCGAUGUCGUCAUGUGCGAUUACAUAACUGCAAAAAGGUGUGCGAUUUUAAGCAGAAAAAGUUAUGCCGAGUUUUGCAUGCCUGUCGAGAAUUGCAUGCAAAACUUGGCCACUGUUUUUAAAUGCUAUAAUAUCCUUUGUGGGGUUCAUCAUUGAGAAUCAGCUAAAAUAUGUGGUUGAUCAAUGAGCACAGCAAAGUGUCUGAAAAGGACUUUAAGAGGUGGAUGCAGAAUUCGGCAGAAUAUUAUGUUGAACAAUAUGAUUAUUGACAAGUUAAUAGUUAUUAAAUUAGAGACUAAUAUAGAUCAUUUUGCUUGCAGAAGGAUUAAAUAAAUCAAAACAACCCACAGAAAUGAAACAGCUGUAACUGGAUUUAAUAUUCAACUACUGUAUUUUUGUUUUGUUUGUUUUGUAUUUCUGUAUUUCGGACUAUAAGGCGCACUUAAUAGCCUUUAUUUUUUUCAAAAAAACGACUUAUAAUCCGGAGCGCCCUAUAUAUGGACUAGUUGUGCUUAAUGACUGCGAAGCGAUUUUGUGUGGUACACGGUGCUAGUCAUGAGCGUCGCGGAGCAAUACAUACAGUAGGCCUACUGUGCUUCACCAUAAUAUUACAGUGUGACCCCAAAAUGGCACCUGUCAAGAGACAUGCUUACAACGCAGACUUUAAACUCAAGGCUAUCACUCACGCAGUAGAACACGGGAAUAGAGCAGCAGCGAGAGAAUUCAACAUUAAUGAAUCAAUGGUACGGAAGUGGAGGAAGCAAGAAGAUGACCUGCGCCAAGUAAAGAAGACCACACAGAAUUUCCGCGGGAACAACGCGAGAUGGCCACAGUUAGAGGACAAAAUUGAACAGUGGGUUAUGGAACAGAGAGCAGCAGGUAGAAGCGUCUCUACAGUCUUGAUUCGAAUGAAGGCAACAGCGUUAGCACGGGACAUUAAUAUCAAUGACUUUGAUAUUAGAGGCGGGCCUUCUUGAUGCUUUCGUUUUAUGAAAAGACGUAAUCUCUCCAUCCGCACACGAACUACCGUCUCGCAGCAACUGCCAAAAGAUUACGAAGAAAAGCUGGCCACUUUCCGCGCAUACUGCAAAAACAAGAUCACUGAAAAGAAGAUCUAGCCAGAGCACAUCACCAACAUGGACGAGGUUCCGCUCACCUUUGACAUCCCCGUGAACCGCACUGUGGAGAAAACAGGGACCAGAACGGUGUCUAUACGCACCACAGGGAACGAGAAGUCAUCCUUCACUGUAGUUCUCGGUUGCCAGGCUAAUGGCAAGUUGGUAAGUUUCCAGCUGGCGUCAUUAUCAAAGCUAACCCGAAGGGCUGGAUGGACGAGGAAAAGAUGAGUGAGUGGCUGAGAGAAAUUUACGUCAAGAGACCGGGUGGCUUUUUCCACAAAUCUUCGUCCCUAUUGAUCUGCGACUCCAUCUGCGCCCAUCUCACCGAUGCUGUCAAAAACCAAGUGAAGCAAACUAAUUCAGAUCUUGCCAUCAUUCCGGGUGGAUUAACUAAAGAACUCCAGCCGCUAGAUAUUGGUGUCAACAGGGCGUUCAAAGUUAAACUGCGAGCUGCGUGGGAGCAGUGGAUGGCGAACACACAUUCACCAAGACAGGGAGACAGCGUCAGGCGACUUACGCCACUAUCUGCCAAUGGAUCGUGGAUGCCUGGGCUAAGGUAUCAGACUUAUCUGUGGUCCGAGAUUUCACAAAGGCCGGAAUCAUCACUGAACUGCCAGCUAACAGCAACGACACUGACUCGGAUAAUGACGAGAGGGCAUGCUGGACGCCGUGAUUGCCCAACUGUUUAACUCGGACACUGAAGAUGAAGAAUUUGAGGGGUUUGUGGACGAGGAAUGAGCUGAAAAAGUGUGUAUUGUGUUGUAUUUUACGUGUUAUAACUGAACAAUUUUGAGAGGUAUUGUGAUACGCUAACGUUUGAUUUAACGUGUGCGUGUGCAUGUGUUGAACACAUCGCUGUAUCUGCAUGAACUGGUGACAGUAAAUUGUCCGUACGUGUGAAUGGUUGUUCGUCUCUAUGUGCUCUGUGAUGAACUGGUGACUUUCUCACGGUGUACCUGCAUCUGUUUUUUAAUAAAGUUUGACUGACUUAUCUGAUUGUUUUGUUUCGCUUAAUGCGCCUUAUAGUCCGGUGCGCUUUAUAUAUGAAAAAAGUUCGAAAACAGACCAUUCGUUAACAGUGCGCCUUAUAAUCCAGUGCGCCCUAUAGUGCGGAAAAUACGGUAGUGGUAAAAUAGUAUUAAUAGUAAUUAUAAUGAAUAUAUUAACAUUAUACUAACAGUAUACUGUUAACAUAACAUUAUACAUUUUUUUUUUUUAAAGGGGA